AUGGGGCCUCGGUGGCCGAUCACUGGUCUUAGACCGGUCAUUUAUAGUCAUUUACGAGGCUCAUUCUAUGGCAAUGAUUUAGGUGGUCAACCUGGUGGCAGUCAUUUAGGUGGUCAACCUGGUGGCAGUCAUUUAGUAGGUCAACCUGGUGGCAGUCAUUUAGGUGGUCAACCUGGUGGCAGUCAUUUAGGUGGUCAACCCGGUGGCAGUCAUUUAGGUGGUCAACCUGGUGGCAGUCAUUUAGUAGGUCAACCUGGUGGCAGUCAUUUAGGUGGUCAACCUGGUGGCAGUCAUUUAGGUGGUCAACCUGGUGGCAGUCAUUUAGGUGGUCAUCCCGGUGGCAGUCAUUUAGUAGGUCAACCUGGUGGCAGUCAUUUAGGUGGUCAACCUGGUGGCAGUCAUUUAGGUGGUCAACCCGGUGGCAGUCAUUUAGGUGGUCAACCUGGUGGCAGUCAUUUAGUAGGUCAACCUGGUGGCAGUCAUUUAGGUGGUCAACCUGGUGGCAGUCAUUUAGUAGGUCAACCUGGUGGCAGUCAUUUAGGUGGUCAACCUGGUGGCAGUCAUUUAGGUGGUCAGCCUGGUGGCAGUCAUUUAGUAGGUCAACCUGGUGGCAGUCAUUUAGGUGGUCAGCCUGGUGGCAGUCAUUUAGGUGGUCAGCCUGGUGGCAGUCAUUUAGGUGGUCAGCCUGGUGGCAGUCAUUUAGUAGGUCAACCUGGUGGCAGUCAUUUAGGUGGUCAGCCUGGUGGCAGUCAUUUAGGUGGUCAGCCUGGUGGCAGUCACUUAGGUGGUCAACCUGGUGGCAGUCAUUUAGGUGGUCAACCAGUUGGCAAUGGACAAUUAGCUAGUCCGAUUUUUGCGGCAGAUAUGGCCAGUUAUUAUAGAUGGUUAGCCGCCGAACAUGCUAUACGUUCUAAAGCUAAUGCUACUGGUGCUGAAGCUGACAAUCCUAUUAGAUAGUAUAUUAAAACAGAAAUUGCUAUUUAAACAAUAUU